CGCAGCUGAAUGUUUGCCGAACGAGUUUCAUUAAGAAUUUUGUAUCAUACAACCAAAAUUACAGUAAUUUCAAUAAACAAAUAUAAUUUACAAGUUUAAUUAAUGCAAUCAAACAAACCAUAAUACGUUUAUACAAACAUUUUCAAACAUAAUUACAAUAUGAUCCAGAUUUCUUCGUUCUUUCCUUCAUCUUUUUUCAUAAAUUAAGAAGGUAAUGGAUCCAGUGUUAGAUAAUGAAUGGCUUGGAUCCAAGAAUGAUGCAGUUGAUGAAGCCCAAAAUGUGGGCAAUGUUGUCAGAAGUUGGCAAUGGAGGGAGAGAGGAAUUGACCCCUUAAAUUCCCCUCCCAACAAGACUGUACUUGAAAAUGUCGCUGAGGACAUACUUGUUCAAAAACCACUUAAAAUAAGAUGUUGCGAUUUACCAGGAUAUCCAAGAUCAACUUAUCUCAUGGUAUUUAGUCCAGAUGGAACUAAAGUUGCAUCUACACAUGGAAACCACAAUGUAUAUGUAUCAGAGUUGGCAAGUGGCAAACAUGUUAGAAUAUUGAAAGGUCAUCCACGAACACCGUGGUGCAUUGCAUUUCAUCCUUCCCAUCCUCAACUAAUAGGAUCAGGUUGCCUGGGUGGUCAAGUGAGAGUGUGGGAUAUAUCUAGUGGUGGCAGUGAAGUUUGGAACGUAAGAAAUGAAACAGUCAUAGCUUCUAUAGCAUUCCAUCCUAGAGAACAAUUAUUAGUGAUUGGUACAUACAAUGAACUCUACUUUUGGGAUUGGAGUCAACCCGCACCUUUUACCAAAGUUUCUACGAAUAAUAUUAACGAGAAAGUCAGAUAUGUGGCUUUUGAUUCUCUCGGUUAUAAACUAAUAACAGGAAUAUCAUUGAGAGCGACGGUUGCAGGAAUGAGCAGCUCUGUUCUGCAACAAAAUUCAACGUUAAAUCCUGCAAACAACCAAAGCAAUGUAAGAAGAGACGACACUGACAACAGUCCAGGAAACAACAGGCCUCAGGACAAUUCUGGUUCCACACAGGAUAUUAUUGUGAAUUCUUAUCAGAAUUUAGUGCAAAGAUACGAUAGCCUAGUGAGGAAUUAUCAACGGCUCUUUAUGGUCCGGCACAGACUAACAGUCACCCCACCUCCACCUAGCACGAUGGACCGCGGCACGGACCCCAUGGAAACGGAUCCGUCGCCGGAAGCAAACAGUUUCACUCGAACAGCACAAACAUCUCAAACAUCACAAUCAUCUACGACGCACACGACGAACGAAGAAGAAAACCCGCCUUCAAGUUCUUCUAAUAAUACACAAGAGAAUACUGAAAAUGACGAUGGAGAAGGAAGUAGCCGUCUCCUUAAUCUUGACGCCUUGUCUUUUGACAGUGGCCCUUCUAGGGAGCGUAACUUAGACCGUCACGUACAUUCCUUGUUUGGAUCACGACCUUCUGCAUUCCACCCUCUUAAUGAUAACCCUGGAAGAUCGUUCCGAACAGUUGAUCAAAACGAAAGAGCGUCUAGACUUUUGCCGAAUCCUUUUUCAUCGACCAGUGGGUCACACCGGCCAAGCAUAAUUUCAUUCACAAGCAGUCCAUCGACACAAACAACUGAUAAUGUUCCCAAUACAUCGCGUACAAGUAUAUUUCCAGCUUAUAGACCAGAUUCUCCAUCGAUCCUGGACUUGUCACCGCGCAGAUGGAGUGGUAGCCGGCGAAUUUUUGUUUCAGUGCCAAACGAGAACUCGUCAACUCUCACAGACAAUGUUUCUCCUACAAACAAUCCGCCCGUACAGGAAACACCUGUCGCUUCUACAGCUAAUUCUACACAAAGGCCAUCCACCUCGUACUCUUCUUCGCAAACCCAGUCUUCUACUUCUGCACCCGUUGAUGCACAAACCAUCAACGAAAGUCUCGAUUUGAUACGAGAUAUUUUAAGAGAUUCUGGGACAAGACUAUUGAACUUGAUUACAAAUAUGUCACUUUCGACGUUGGCCAGCGUCGAGGAAGAGCUACCUCGCCGUACUAGGACGACUCGGACACAAGCAGACAACAACAAUGAAGGAGAAAGUCCGCGAGAGACACCACCACGUGCUCGAAUUUUUAGCUCGCACUUACGUCCUGGAUUCCUAUCAACUAGCUCUGAAUCAGACAGUGAUCAGUCUCCAGAAGUAAAUAUUUUUAGAACUAGGAAUUCUACAUUUAGAGAAGAUGACACAACAGAAACAGAGAGACCUCCUGCAGAACCUUCGACUUCUACAGCUCCUGAGAGACCUCUAAAUCCCACAGAUAGGCUUGUUUUCGACCUUGACGAUUCCAGGACGCAAAAUGCUAAUUCUGAGACAGGUGGCAUAAAUGUUUCAGCAAACAGCAGCCGAUUUCGUGUUCGGACACAAAGUAACACUCCAAGUGAGGGCCCGAGUACAAGUAAUACUGAAGGCCCGAAUGCCCAAGAAACACAAUCUCAAAACAAUACCAGUGAAUUCAACCCCAACAGGCCGUCUACUAGCAGAGACAAUUUUUGGGCUAACGGUUGCGUAGUACCACCGGAUGAGGCGUUUAGAAAAGUAAGAGCUGGUGUAAGUGCAUUGCAGAAGCAUACCAUGCAACUCACUAACAUGUGGCUGCGAGGUAAUCGAACCACGAUGCCAGAGUUACGUAAUAUGUGGGAGAACCUACGCAGAAGGAUAUUAAUGUUACAUAGAGAAACUGGUCGUCAAGACUUGCCGAGUUAUUAUACCAGGUCACUUUUAGAAAGAUGUAUGAUGCUAACUGAAAUGACGGAUAAUGUUACCCGUGGCUCUAGCAGAAGCGCGAGACCCGCAGGCAAUAGUAAUCAAGGAAAUUCUGAGAGCAAUAGAAAUUCGGAACCUGUUCGAGAUGAACCAUCUACUUCAGAAACUACAACUGUUCCUGCCGAACCCGAACAAAGUACUUCAAGGGAAAAUACAAAUGACAAUCGGCAGCCACAGACAAGUAGAACUUCUCAAACCAGACCUAAUAUUCGUUCGUCUCCGUCGCUUAGGAGAAGAUUACAGUCUAGUUAUAGAUGGAGGCCAGAAGAUGAACUGAGACGACGAUCAAGAAAUUCCGCUGCGAACCGAUUGUCUAAUAGAUAUUCAAACAGACCGCGAAGGGAUUUUGCAAGAGCUAUAGAAAUAAGCGCGACAAGACAUGAAAUACGUAUGCGAGCGAUGCAAGUGCUCUCUGUUAUGUUUAACAUGAUGAUGAUGUGUUUGGAGGAGCGAGGCUUAAGUCAAUUAAUUAUAAAUAUGUUACGUACUUUAAAAAAGGCAUUAGCACUCACAUGCUUAAUGUUAAUGACAAAUAGAAACAACGGGCGGGCCAGUAACAAUGCUUCACCGCAACGCGUGGAUUCUUUGAACGUCAUCCGCUUGGAAAAUGUUGAUCACACUGGCCCUGUUAACGUAGAUGGUCCUGAUGAAUCACCACACCAAUCAAUUGCUAGUGAAACAGAAGAAGAUCGUUUGCAAAGCAAUGCUAAUAAACGUAUGAAAAGAGAAACAUCACCAACUGCUCAACCGACACCAGUUGAUAAUAGUGCAAGGGACAAUACAAAUCAACCUGCCCCAAUUAUAUCUCAAAGUAGCGCAAUCCAAGCGUGGAGUAAUCGUCUCGCUGUACAGAUCGCCGCUGCCAAUAGAAAUAAUUCAGCGACUGCUAGGAACAGACGUGAAUUAUAUAUUGAAAGUAGGCGACUUAAAGCUUUGCAUAAAACAAAUCCAAACGCUCAUCCUAUGAUUAAAAAGAAGGCACUUCCUCCGGCGUCCACUUACAGAAUUCCAACACUGCGUUUAUUACCUAGUAGAAGAAUUCCUAGGACUUUAAUUGCCUCAAGGAAUUCUCAGAGCACAGAACCCGUAGCCGGCCCUUCCCGUAUUCUCUCUGGUAAUGACGGUGAACCAAGCGGUCCAUCGCGAUUGCCCCCUGACGUUAUGAAUGAAUUCGAGCAUAGAAUAAAUUUAAUACGAAUGGCACACAUGCAAGCGGUUAGAUUACGAAAUGCCGCACGGAGCCGGUUUCGACGUCUUCAAACGAUUCGCUUGUAUACUCCAUCCUCGGUUCGCGAAAUGUUUACUUUACAGCCGGAUAAUGAAAACCCGCACGAGAACAGAUCUCCUUUACAAAGUAAUUCGGACACCAAUCGUCGUUCUUUCACUUCGUACGACUACAGACCUCAUAUUCUAACUCGAGAACGCAUUUUCUCUAGAGGAUCUGCUAACAGGCCCUCUCAAGAGUCUGGUGAAUUCCAUGCGGUCAUAACCAAUGCCUCGGUACCGUUGAUGCAAGUUGGUGAUCUCAGUAUCAACAAUCCCGACGCUCAAGGAAAUCAAAACCAGAGGCUACCGAGAAUCCAUGAGUAUUUGCAACCGAUAAUACUUGCUCAAAAUGCUAUGGUGGUGGACGACGAGGGAAAUGCUGAAGGCGGUGGAGGAAGCGGUGGUGCUGGUGGAAGGGCCCCCGGGGGUGGGGGACCAGGUGGAGGAGGAGGGCUAGGUGGAGUUCGGCGUAUGACUGGUAUGGCGGGACUGCUGGAUGCGGGAAUCAUCUCCGAGGCGCUCCCCGCGUCGUCGCAUCGGGUGCAAGCCUGGGAUUUCACUACGGGUAACACUCCGGAUAUCGCAGAUAGUUCAAAAAAUGUGGUGGUUCAGAGGUGCAGAAUACACAAUGACGCUAGCAUCGACAUAUCCAAAGACGGAAGGCUCCUGGUCGCCUUGCUUCCAGUGCCUCGAAUCAGAAAUACUAAUCACUGGUUAGGCGUGUACUCGCUGGAGUGGUCGCGCCUGGGCCAGUGCCUGCACACGGCGGUGCUGGAGCAGAGCGCGGUGUCGGUGGCGCUGUCGCCCACGGCGCGCCACCUGGCCGUGGGGCUGGGCUCGCGCCGCUUCACGUCCGCGCCGCACGCGCGCACCAACGUCUUCGCGCUGCUCUACCGCCUCGACCCCCUGGAGAGCUCGAGUCGAACCGGUCUGUCACCUAUCAAGGAGUUGGAGCAGACCUGGGAGCACGGUUUUACGAGUCUCAACUGCUUACGAUGGGCUCCACAGCCGGGACAAGGACUCGUGUAUGCCAACAAUACCGGACAACUCAUUAUUAUGAGUUGAACUGACCUAAUGUUAUAGAGCGCCCUAUAUUGCGCAUAGUUUAGACAAUCUAUUCGGAUUUUCAAUUGAUAAACGUGCACACUUCAUUGUAUUCUCUUAACCAUUGGCUGCGACUAAACUAUGCGAUAAGAAAUCUAUAAUGUGCGGUUACGAUAACCUCAGCUCGACCUUGUGGUCUCCCAUUCGUACCAAAUCUCUUCAGCCGUUUACAGUUAGUACGAAAAUACAUUAUAAUUUUCUUCUAACACAUAUCCUCAGAAUUUCUUUAUCAAACUAACGAUUGAUUUAAAUUUGGAAUAUUAUUAGAAACGGAAACCUAAUGGUUCAUAAUUUUAUGAUUUGUGAAAAUUUAAAAUUCUGAGUGUAAUUAUAUUGUAUUAUUAAAAUGAAAUCGAAUCUAUACUUUUUACAAGAAAUCGGUUAGUAAAAUAUAAAUUAUGUUUUGCGUAUAAUAAUAUUUAACAAAAUUAUAUAGAUUUAAACGCCUGUUGUAAAUUAUUGCGGAAGCAUUGUACAGUUCAUGAAAUUAGUGUUCUUAAUAUGAUUGAUCUCUUUGUAUUAUGCGGUCUUAAAAUAAUUUCAUAAUAUAACACUAGUUUGUAAUUAUAUCUACACGGCAAAAUUAGUUUAAGGUUCCUAAUUAUUUUAAAUAUCAUCAUUGGACAACCCUAUCACAAAAAGGCUAUGGACAUUCGCGAUAAAAUUAACAAAGCACAUUUUAAUGUCAUAGUUACUUAAUUUUUUUUUAUAUUAGUAACGAGGAGUUCAACUGCCAUAUUUGCUUUUUUUAUUUACAAUAUCUGCCUUCCGAAUGCUCCAUUACGUUGUAUGUAUCCCAUAACUUCUCAUUUCUGUUACAACGAAAUUCCUUAGAAUUUAUAUUUGUAUGAAUGUAAUUUAUUAUAACUACAAAUUAAUUUUAAAACUUAAAUAACUUAUUCAUAUAUGAAUAUUCUUUCGUUUUAGUUUGAACUAUAAUGUAAUAUCAAAAGUGAGAGUUCUUUUGUGACUAAAAUCGUUUACAUGGAUCGUCGUUUCUUGACCUUUGGGGUGACCUUCAGUUGGGUCUCAGGGGAGGGCUGCAAUUUGAUAAAUGACAAAGCAGUAUAUCAAACCUUUUGUUACUGAAUGAAGUAUUUAAUUUACAUUAAAUGUAAAUAAUUCCUCCAAGUAACACAUAAUAAACUAAGAGCUAAAGUAUUUUUUAUGCGAUAUAAGGUUUCCCAUAUAGGGUUUGCGGCGCAAAAAAGGUUAAGUAACGGUGAUGAGGAGGAUUUUUAUAGCAGACGCACUGCUGUACCCCAGACUACAAGUUACAUUCACGAUAUCACUUGUACAGAUUUCAUUAAACUUAUUACAAAGAUUUCACAGUUCCGAUAGAUAACUUCGAAUAAUUUUGCUCUUGAACUUCGUCUAUAAACACGGCUCUUGUGCAAUUUUAUGAGUAUAAUAAUUUUCACUUCUUAAAAAAAAUCUUAGUGUCAUAUAAAUUUGUAGAUUUCAUAUAUUAUUAUUAGAUUGUCGUAGAGCCCGCUUCACUUCAAAGUGAAUAGCGUAGUACCGUAAGAUGUCUGUUUCUCUAUUCCGUCUCAUAAUAUCACGAAACUCUAAGUGAAUGGUUCGACUUUUACUAUAUAGGCUAGUGGUAUUCAUAUUUUAUUGUAAGUCUAAAGCAGAUCAGUUUCCUAAAUACUAUCCAUUUAUUAUAUUAAUAUAUUUUGUAAAUAACUUUUUUAUUUCUGAAAAUAAUCAAAAUACAAUUCUCAUGUACAUAUUAUGUAUCAUUAUGUUGUUAAUAUAUAUUCAAAUAUUGAUUUUAUUUUAUUACAAGUUGUACGAAAAGAAAACAUUAAAAGAAUAUUAGAGAUUUUAUUGGAGUUUAAUGUCAAAUUAUAUAAACUAUUACCAGUAACAGCUCGUUAUUUGUGGAUGUAUAAUUAUUUCAAAAUUGUAAUUGUUUUCAAACAUAUAAAUACAAACUGUAAUAAAAUAGGGUAUAGUACACCAGUUUUUUAAAUCCAUGUAAAUAAUAUUUCUAAAUCUGUAUGUGUGCUUAAAGAUUUCCCAGUAACUUAAUAAGAGUCAUUAAAUCGCUUGAGUAGAACUAGAAUAACUAAUAUUUUGUGAAAAUAAUGUACUAAGUUCUAGUUUCUUAGUUACUUCUUAUCAAAUGAAGUUUCAUUUUCAUUUCUCUUUUUAUAAAAUACGCAGUACUUUUCAAAUGAUAUGUACCUUUUGGUUAUAUAUGUAUGUAACCUUUUUAAAUAAAAAUGAAUUAAGUUUGACUCAGAGAGACCCCUUUUUAAAGGAAUCCUCCUUAAUUUUUUAAUUAUAAAAUCGUGCAAUACACAUAAUACAGGAAAAAAAUUGUAAUACCAAUACCACUUUAACUCUGAUCGAACAAUAACAUUAAUAUUUAUAAAAUAAAGGUACUAUGUCUACGACAUUACAACUGACACUGCCCGUAUUCCUACUUAUCAUAUAUAUGUAUUUUAAUGUUGACAAUGUUUUUUUAUAUAUAUUUAAGAACUGUAUUAAAAAUUAAAAUUCACCGGCCUAAGACGUGACAGAGAUAUAAUUUUUGGUUUUUAUUUUUUUCUAUAAAAAUAAAAAGCGUUAUUGUCAUAAACUUAGUCUGUUCAAAUCGUUGAAACAAGUGCAUUCGUUUUUUAACUUUGUAUAACUGUUUAGACACAAAAACCAAAACGAAUAUCGGAUGGAAUAAAUUGCAGUUUAAUGAGUAAUGAUCCUGUAAUUGUUCAUUGCAAAGCCGACCGUGAAAAUACACAAUGAAUAUCACAAUAUAUUGCAUUAAGAUAAUGUUUUAUACCGAUAUUUAUUGCCACAUAACUAGAAAUUUUACUGUAUUAUACUUAAGAUAUAACAUAAGCCGAAUUUAAUAAUCAUGUAUGAUGAAUUUUAUCUCUACAAUUUAUUUUUAUGUCACGAUAGUAAAAGAAAAUUGUCACACUGUCAUUACAAAUGCAUGAAUAAAUUCGGCCUUGACUAUUAUUUACAUUAGUAGUUGAAGAUCUAGUUUUGUGAAUGUUGUUCAAACUAAUAAUAAUAAAAUUGAGAUUUUAUCAUCGUUGGUCUAUGAAAUGCACGUUUCAAAAAACACACAAUUAACAUUCAUUAACUCAGAAACGACACUUUGUACUGUUCCAAAAUAUAUACAUAAUACCGCAAAAACAUUUUACAUAGCUAAUAAUUUAUGUCUUAUUUUUCAUAUGUAUAUAUUUUAUUUGUAUUUUGUGAUAAAUAUGAAAUGUUACUUUUUAAAACUAUGUUUUAUUAACCAUAGUUAAGUCAAGGUGUACAGUGGAUUGCUUGUCUAAUAAAAAUUAUGACAGUAGAAA